AUGGGGAUCAAAAACUGUUUCGGAAAACGGAAAAAAAGGCAGUCGCGUCCUCUGCCGACAAAACAGCCUGGCGUGGUGAUUUAUGCUGAUGCCCAAACAAGUCAAAGUAACCAAGAAGGAGCACAUUCCAGCACAUCUCAUAACACCAAUGACUCGAUCAUCGAUCAAACAAGCAUCAGCGCCCCCCUCAAACGUUCCGAGGACCCCCAAGUCCAGGUUAUAUCGCCCAAAUUGGAAAAUGUUCCUAUCCGACAGCUCUGGAAUGUGGCAUACGAAACACUGCGACAGGAAGACGCCGCACUUAUUGAGGAAUAUGAGAAUAAGUUACAAGGCAGCGUCGUCGCCGGUUUAAGCGAUAACCUUCAAUCGAAAGUGAAUAUACAAGAACGGAUGUGGGCGAUACUUCAGAGCAAAAUGGACAACGUCAAUAAAAACAAGCUCAAGUUCGGCAGCUCCAAAGUCACAGUUGAAGAUGUUUCAAAGCUUCUUUUGAAUGUUGUCAACUCCGCCAAUAGCUUCAUCAGCCAAGCUGUGAGCGCCAGCCCGCCUGCUUCAAUAGCUUGGGCCGGUGUUAGCUUUUUGCUACCGUUAUUUAUGAACAUUUCAGCUCAAAGUAUUGCCUUGGCAGAAGGGUUAGCAUACAUCUCGUCUCUUAUCGCGCAGAGUCAGAUGAGAGAGGAACUUUACAACAAGCGCUAUGAGUUACAAAUUGGGAACCACGAGGACUUUCAGCAAUCGCAUCACGAAUAUAAAGCUGCCUUGGAGCGACUCUAUAGGCAAAUCUUGAAAUUUCAGGCUAAAAGCUGCUGUUACUACUCAAAUACGUCAGCCCUUCGCCACACCCUUGAUGCUGUCAACUGGAAUGGCUGGGAUCAAUUAGUUAACGACGUUCGCGAACGAGAGAAAAGCUUUACCGCAAUCGAAGGGCUUUGGCGUGAUAUGCAGAAUCUCGAGGAACGUUUGGCAACUGAGAGUGCAGAAUCAAAAAAAGAGCGCGAGGAACUAUUGGCGUGGCUCUGUAAUAUUGAUCACUCGUCAUUGUACAACACUGCACGCGAAAGGUAUGAAGCUGGCACCAAUGAAUGGCUUGUCAAGCAUAGUGAAGAGUUUAGGAGGUGGGAAAGAACUGCUUGCUCCUUACUUUGGCUUCAUGGGAAAGCCGGCUCUGGGAAAUCCGUUCUAAGCUCUUCGGUUAUCGGCUAUCUCAAAGAAAAAUAUACAUCAAAGCGCUCAACAGUUCUCGCUUACUUCUAUUAUAGCUUCAGCGACAUUAAUAAGCAAACAACAAAUGUAAUGCUGGCUUCACUUAUUAAACAGAUAUAUUCUCGACAGACCGACCUCCGGUUAAUCAAGCAUCUCGAAGAUUAUAAAAUAAGAGGCGAGCGUCCUGAUACUAAAACUCUCGAAGCAACUCUUUUAGCUUCUUUCUCAGGGCUCUCUGACGUCUUUAUUGUUAUUGAUGGUUUAGACGAAUGCCCACUACUUGGCAAUCAAAGGCAAACCCUAUUAAGGACAUUAUCCAGCAUUUUUUCAGAGGCAAAUGCACCAAAAAAUCUUCAUGUUUUCAUGACAAGCCGCAAAGAACAGGAUAUUGACCUCAAAAUACGCGCUCUUUUAUCUCUACCGGCGAGACAGGAGAUUGAUCUAUUGGCCCGACAGGACACUCUGGAUAAUGAUAUCUGCCAAUAUAUCAACUCAACUCUAGCGACUGAUGAUUUCAUGUCUUGGAAAGAUGACGUAAAGGAAGAGGUACGACAGGCACUUAUUAAAAAGGCGGACAGCAUGUUUCAAUAUGUCCGAUUUCAGCUUGAAAUACUCCAAGAAAUUUCAUCGCCAGCUGAAAUUCGCGAGGCUCUCUUAGACCUUCCUGUCGGCCUUGAUGCAACGUAUGAUCGAAUUCUUGAAAAUAUUAAUGCUAAAUUCCGAGGCCGAGUUAUAAACUCGUUAAAGUGGCUAGCAUUCUCAAGAGAAGUCCUUAACAUUGAACAGCUUACGGAAAUAUUCAUUAUCAAUCCCAACGACAAUAUCGCCUUUGAUGAGCAAAUGCGCCUUUCUUCCCCUAUGGAUGUAUUGAAAUAUUUCUCCGGCUUAGUUAUAUUUUCACGAGUACAGUACGGCCCUGCAAAAGUUCGCCUAGUCCAUUUUUCCGCCAAAGAGUAUUUGACUUCCAGCAGAAUAGAGAACCGGCCUACCUCAGCCUUCUCCUUCACUGAAAUCAACGCUCAUGAACACAUUGUGCGUUCAUGUCUCGCCUACCUCACAUAUUUGGACACCAUAAUUGAAAAAUACACUGAAUUCAAUAAAAUGGGCGUGGAAAGGGCGUAUCCCUUGAUACAGUAUGUGGCAGAUAACUGGGCGCUCCACCUUGAGGAGAUACCACGUGCAUCAUGGUCGGCCAAGGUCUUACGUGAGGCGAGACUUGCGCUUGCAACAGGCAGCCAAAGCCUAUUCACUCAACUGGUUAUGAAAUAUAGCUCUUCGAAUAAUAUGUACAUGUUGAUGAAGCCAUAUUGCUACACAGCUCAGCAUGGCUUUCUUCAGCUAACCGAGACGUUACUCUCCCAAGAGCUUGGUGCAAAUAAGUAUUUGACUCAAGAAGACCUGGACUUUGGGCUCCAGCAUGCAGCUUAUGGGGGGAACACAGACAUGGCGCAGCUCUUUCUCGAAGCAGGUGCCAAAGUCAGUGUGUACUAUGGCAAAUCUAAAUGGUAUUCAGCACUGCAUGCCGCUGCGAGUGGCAGCCAUCCUAACAUCCUUGAGUUUUUGAUAGCACAUGGGGGAGCUGAUUUCAACGCUUACACGUCCUUGCUACCAUUGGUCAGCCGCCGCGACACGAAAAGCGUCAAUUUUCUCCUCGACCAUGGAGUCAACAUCGAUGCACAGGAUGGACACCAACGGACAGCGCUUCACUCGGCAAUAAGAAACGGAGAUUCCAAGAGAAUUAGUCUACUGCUACAAAAGGGAGCUAACGUCAAUGUUUUGAGUGGAACAGUCGGCACGCCGCUCCAUGCAGCAUGCACCUUACGGUACGAUGAUUUGCACCUCUCACCGAGUAUUGGCUACAUCCAAAUGCUGUUGCACCACGGCGCAGACCCCAAUAUCCGGGCUGGGGAGUAUGCCACGGCGAUACAGGCUUUGUGCUACACUGGGCUGAGCAAUGACUACAUCGAACACAAAGAAAUAGAGACAAUACUGAUACCGCUAUUGAUCAAGCACGGGGCUGAUGUGAGUGCUCAAGGGGGCAAGUACGGGACGGCACUACACGCGGCAGCGGCAGCAUCGCUGUAUUCUAAACACGCAGAUUGCGUGAUGCGGCUGCUCCUUGAUAAUGGCGCCAAAGUUGAUCAGCCGGGCGGCGACAUCUGGGGAACUGCGCUGCAACUUGCCUGUAGCGAAGGAACGAUGGAGGCGGUGCGAUUUCUCCUCGAUCACGGGGCCGAUGUCAAUGCUCAAGGCGGCAGUCGGUUCGGUACACCACUCCAAGCUGCUGCAUGGAGAGAAAAUGGGGUAUCGUGGGAAAUCUAUUGCCAGUCUUCACUGGAGGAAAAAAUCAGUAAUAAUUUUACACUGCAGAACAAAAUCCAGAUCCUGGAAUUGCUUUUAAGCAAAGGUGCCAGGGUGAAUCAACAGGGCGGAGAAUGGGGAUCGGCUCUGCAGGCUGCUUGCCGGCAUCCAAAUGUGGAAGUGCUACGCUUACUCCUCGACCACGGUGCCGACGUCAAUGCGAGCGGUGGCAUGAAUGGACCGGCGCUCACGAUUGCAUGCAGUGUCAAUGAAUUCGAGGGGAUGGCGCGUAGCAGAGAGUGUAUUCAGCUGCUUCUGGGUUGUGGCGCUCAUGUAAACGCGCAGAGUGAAGAGAAUGGAACUGCACUGGCGGCUGCCUGUGGCGUUUACUUGAGAGACGUGGAGCGCGUGCAGUUGCUGUUGAGCCACGGCGCCGACGUGAAUGCCCAAUGUGGUAAAUACGGGACAGCGCUCAUGGCUGCCUGUCAAGAGGGCGAGGACAGAUACGACCAGCAACGGACAGCUGCUUGUCGUGGAGAGGACAGAUACGGCCAGCUACGGACAGCUCUUUAUCGUGGAGAGGAUGGUAGAUGUAUUGAUUUCUACUCCCAAGGCUCAGUGCCUGUGGCGCAAUUGCUGCUUGAUCGCGGCGCUGAUGUGAAUGCUCUAGGAGGAAUACAUGGGACAGCGCUCUCGGCUGCUUGUAGCUGGAGCCACUCUGAGCUGGUGCAACUGCUGCUUGAACACGGGGCAGAUAUCCAUCUCCAGGAUUGUGCUGCCUGGCACGAGGCCGCACGUUGCGCGGUCUUUCGCUGUGGUGGCGAUAUGGCUCUUCUGGCUCUCCUGAAUCACGGCAUGCAUGUCAACCAUGUAAACCAAGACUACGGCACAGCUCUUCAUGCCAUCAUGGGGGAAUAUGAGUUUGCACCUGAAGGCACUACUAUACAUGAAUAUUGUGGGGCAUUCUAUAAGCACGGUAGGUAUGAUAAAAGUGCUGCUGAGGGCGAAAAUUGGCGCAGAAGCUUUGACAUCUUGAUCAAGCAUGGUAUGGACACCAGCAUCGUGAGCGAGAGGCUGGGCUCCGCGCUAUACGUGGCAUGUGAGACGAAGCUCGACGGGGUACACAAAAAUUCGAGCCAUUGGCAUCGGGGCUGUGCGAAUAUUAAUUGCACAUCUCGCAAAACGAAAUACCUCCUCGAACAAGUCCCUGACAUCGAUGUAAAUGUACGAGGCGGGAUAUUUGGCUCACCCCUCCAAGCAGCCGCGUAUUCAGGCCAGGCCUUGUCAGUGAAGAUGUUGUUGGACAGAAAAGCCAGCGUCAACGUACGCGGGGGAAAGUAUAGGAGUGCAUUGAACGGAGCUAUUAUCGGCGACCAUUGGGACAUCGUCGAGGUUCUUCUUGAAGCUGGCGCGACGCCUGACUGCGACUUGGAAGAAGAACCUGAUGAAGAGUGGCUUCAGACGGUUCUCAAAGAAGAAGGGCGAGGGGCCGUUGAGAGAUAUAGGAAAUUUUGGAACGUGGAGAUGGAGAAGAAAAGCGAAGAGAUUCACGAUCUAUCUAAAGGUUUUGUCUACUCUUGA